GAGUUGAUUAACAAAUUAUCAAUCUUUUUCUCUCUAAUAUCUUAUCCCGUUCCUCGACAAGCCCUAACUUAUCAUAUCACAAGAUGUCGCCUCCGCCUCGGAGCCGGAUCACGGAGAAUCAAGGGCAGGCGAAUCAAGGUCGGCGUAGAGGAUGGGAUUCGUCAUCGGAAUCGGAUGAGAAAGAUAGGAGACGGAAGAAGACAAGAUACACUGAUUCUGAUGAGAGCAGCGAUGAAUAUGAGAUUAGUGGUGAUGAACAACACAACAAGUCAAAGAUCAAGAGGCGGAAUAAGCAUGGAUUUGAUGAGGAAGAUAGCAGAAGAAGAAGAAGUAAGAAGAAGAUGAAAAGUAGUAGUAGAAAGAGGCGAGGAGGAGAUACAAGGAAGAGGAGAUACACCGAUUCUGAUGAUGGUUCUCUCAAGGCAAAACUUGAAGAAAAGGUCAAGGAACCUCAGCUUGAUCAAGAGGAAUCGAACAAGAAAGCUUUAGCUCCUGAAGAUGAAGAAGAAGAUGCUGUGGUGGGUCCAAUGCCUUUGCCUAAACCUGGAGGACACAUCAGAAACUACCACGGUCGUGAUUUAAGACCUGGUGAAGGAGACGCUAUAGCACAGUAUGUGCAGCAAGGGAAACGUAUCCCACGUAGAGGAGAAGUUGGUCUUAACGCUGAUGAGAUUCAGAGGUUUGAGGAUCUUGGGUACGUCAUGAGUGGGAGUAGGCAUCAAAGGAUGAAUGCCAUUCGUAUCAGAAAGGAGAACCAGGUUUAUAGUGCUGAGGACAAACGGGCGCUGGCUAUGUUUAACUAUGAGGAGAAGGCCAAGCGUGAGGCUAAGGUCAUGUCUGAUCUUUCCAGGCUUGUGCAGCGCCAUAUGGGACAAGAGUUGGGUCCCAAUCAUGACCCUUUUGGUUCUGGAAAGACUGAUGGACCUGAUGACUGAAUUGGGACAUACAGAAGCUGCUGCUCCGCUCUGCUUUUGAUGCUUCAUCCUACUUCUUUCGCUCUCAUCUAUCUUUGGUUAUGCUGUUUUGUCUAAAACUUGUCACACAUACAGAAGCUGCUGCUCCCCUCUCAUUUUAUUUGCACUAUAUUUUAUAUAUUAAUAUAAUUUAGCGAAAUAAAAAUAUCGAAUAAUUUUUUACA